AUGUUCAAGCUUGCAGUCGUUUUGGACAUCCAUAGUGAAAAGAAAAAUAGUAUAGGCGUGCACAACAUCCGCACCGCACAUUCUAAUCUCAAAACACAAACGCACUUUCGCUGCGCCUCCUAUCGCCUCAACUAUCUUCUCAAUCUCUUCUGCAGGAUUCCUGCUAGUUCUGUGGUAGCAGAUUCUGAGGUGAAGGUGCACGUUGAAGUUUUUUUCAUGUUUGAACAGGCAACCAUCCAUUUGGGAGCAAUUGAGUUGCUUACAGAGUGUUUUACUUCUUCUAAGAAAAAGAACAAGUCUUUGCCGAGAAAAAUCAGCUGUAUGCAUCGUGCCCCUUAUCAGGAACAUACUCAGCUCUGUUGUUUCUAUUUGCAGCCUCCCGCAAUCUCUGAAGGAGAUUCUCUCUAA